AUGAUCAAGGAUACGCUUGAUUUAGUUGAUAGUGUGCGACUAGCUGCUGUUUGUAAAAAUUGGUGGCUUGCAUCGACAUGCGAUCCCACGAAGCUUCAAUGUGCUAGGGACAACCUAGUGUGGAUUACGCAAUACAGCGACUACGACAGCAUUUCACAGGAGUUCAUUUGUCUAUCAAGAGAUGAAAAGUAUACCACAGACCUGCCAGAAUUUUAUAGAUCGGUUAAAAUUAAAAUGCCAGAUGUAGAAGAUACAUCCAGUCCAUAUGAUGGCUCUUUUUCCAUAGUUGAUGGUUAUCCUCACCAUGUUGUCCUUUUUAAGCAAACUUUUCUCGUGAACCUCAAAGUAGCAUAUCCAGGAGAUAAAAGCUGGAGUCAGCAUUGCUAUGCUGGUCAGAGGAUGGAAAUUGAUAGCCGUGCUGGACUUACUGUUGGGGAUCAUGUGUAUUGCUUUGAUAUAUGUGGAGUAAGUUGGAUGCGCCUCGUGGUGUCGCAUGAAGGAGAGAUCAUGAAAGUUGUGCCGAAAGAGUCUAAUGCUCGCAGUUUGAAAAUCUAUAGCUAUUCUGUGAAAGGGGAGGGGUCGAAAGUUUACGUCCUUCAAGCAAAAAGAAAUCUCAGAAUUGUUAGGGCACUUUGUGGCUAUCAAAUUGAGGUUUAUAAUCUCAAAGACGGCAGCAAAGAGAUUCUUUCUCAGGAUGUCUACCUGCCAUCUCCAGAGUGGGUUGAUAUGGGAUGA